UAGAACUAUUCAGUUUAGAAUUCUUUAGUCCGCGCAUCGCGUGUUUAGUUCAUGGACGUCGAACAAUCGCCGGCACUUUACUUGUACAGUGUGAAUAUCUGCUUCCCCACAUCUCAAUUCGACAAACCAAGAUCGUGAAGACGCAACAAACAGGAUGCGCCAAAGGUUCUGCUUGGUACUGCUUCUAUUCAAUUUCUUGGAGUGCUACAUUGACCUCGCACAUGCCAAGGACACAACUAAGGGGGUAGCCGAGGAAUCCAACUCAAGCCACCCGACAUUUCAGGAUGUCAACGCGCCCCAGAGCGUAAGAAGCAGUGCAACAGUCCACGCGGAUGAAAGGUCUGACGAUGACGAGGAAGACGAAGCUCGGGGUCUCAAUCCAUUGAAAGAACUCUUUCGGUGGAAAAACAAGAAUGUGGCGACCUUACAAAGUAGCCCCGCGCUUAUGAAGGAAGUGGAGCAUCUAAAGCGAAAUCCAGUCAUUAUGAAGAAUCUCAAAAGUGUCAAGGAGAACCCCACGGUGCUGAAAAGGCUCGAGACUCUACAGAGCAACCCCAGGCUCGUUGAAUCGUUGCAAAAUGCCCCCACAAGACAAAGCGUCAGAAAGGUGCGCUCAUACCUGUCCAAGGACCAAUACAUUUCCGAUGGGACACAAAAGUUUCUUGGCGUCCUCGGUGCCAUCACUGUGUUUUUUGGGCCACUAGUUCUCAUUUCCCUACUGGUUCAGCUCUGAGGCAAUAAAUAAUCUUGACAAUGCUCCA